AUGACCACAACAAAUCCAAGAAUCAACCUCGUCCGCAUCGCACAUGUCUACUACACGCACAAAGAAAUCAACAAAGCCCACGACUUCCUCCUAGACUUCGGCUUCCAGGAAGUCAAGCGCGCAGGCAAAGAAAUCUACUACCGCGGCACGAGCGCCCAGCCAUUCGUAUACUGCGCCCGACAAGGCGACGAGGACGUCUUCGGCGGCGCGGCUUUCGUCGUCGAGUCGGAGGCUGAUCUCAUUGCUGCGACAAAUUUACCCGGGGCGACGGAGAUUUAUCCGCUUGAUGCGCCUGGUGGUGGUCGUUGUGUUACUUUCUAUGAUCCUGUCGAUAAGUUUCCGUUCCAUCUUGUGUACGGGCAGACGUUAUAUGAUGAGGAGAAGGCGUUGCCGCAAUUGGACUUUAAUUUCCCGACGGAGAAACACAGGCCUGGGAAUAAAACACAGCGGUUUGCGAAGGGUCCGGCUCCUGUGCACAAGUUAGGGCACUUUGGAAUGUGCGUGACCGACUUCGCGAAGGCUUUCGAGUUCUAUACCACCAGGUUCAACUUCAAGCCAAGUGAUCUCGUCCACGACCCAACUGGAAAAGACAUAACCGCCUUCCUUCACCUGGACCGCGGCUCCGAACUAGUCGAUCACCACUGUUUCUUCUUAUUUGAAGGCCCCAAGUCGCAUGUCCACCACUCGUCAUUCGAGACGCACGAUUUCGACACCCAGGUCCUGGGUCAUGACUGGCUUCGCAGUAAGGGGUACGAGAACUGCUGGGGUGUUGGACGCCACAUCAUGGGCAGUCAGAUCUUUGAUUAUUGGUUCGACCCCUCGCGAUUCAUCAUUGAGCAUUAUGUCGAUGGUGAUUUAGUGGAUGAUCAACAUCCUAUCAAUCGAUGCCUUGCUUCGCCGGAUAAUUUGCAUGUUUGGGGUCCGGAUUUGCCUCCUACUUUCCUGCAGUAG